AUGAACUUUGGUGAGUACGGCAUUAAGGCAACCGAGGCCGCGUGGGUCACCUCUCGGCAGAUUGAAGCCGCGAGGCGGGCAAUGACACGCUACGCACGCAGAGGCGGCAAGAUCUGGAUUCGGAUAUUCCCGGAUAAGACGGUUACUGCGCGCGCGGCUGAGACGCGAAUGGGCAGCGGCAAGGGACCGGUGGACCACUGGGUUGCCGUUGUGAGGCCGGGUAGAGUGCUGUUCGAGAUUGCAGGCGUGCCGGAAGCUACGGCAAAAGAAGCGCUGCGACUUGCGUCCUCUAAGUUGCCUAUGGGAACGACUAUCGUUACACGGCAGGGCUUGUAG